AAGAUGGAAUUAUGCGAUUGUUAUUAUUUUUUUUCAUUUGGGCUUUUGCUUUUAUUUAACAGUUGAGCAGUGAAGAGCAGCACACAUCAGACUCACAGCCUUCAGAAAUAAGGCGUAUGGACACCUGCUCAACCAAUCGAACGGUGAUCCUGACGGGUCCACAGGACGUUCACGCCCUCCGAGGUACCAGCGUCCUCCUGGACUGUUGUUUCGUUGUAGAUCCUCGGCUGAGCGGUUACCAUGUGGUCUGGAGGCAAGGCGACCGGAAACUAUCAGAGUCUAGUGUCGAUAAAAGGUACAUGAUCUUUGACAACGGUACGCUCAGAGUAACGGACGUCCAAUUAAACGACACCGCUGAAUAUUCCUGUGAGGUCAUCACGGAUGUGGACAAGGUUACCGCCCAGGCCUCCAUCACCGUCAUCGACCCUGAUUCUCCACAAAAACCUGGCUGAUAAGCACCUGCACCAUCGGGCUGUUGCUUCUGAUAGUCUUCAUCCUCACAUGGUGCAAGCACAGCAAAUACAGAGGUUAUGUUACCUGCAUAUUCACAACGUGCCACAGACACAAAUUAUUUUCAAAUGUUCACAUUAGUUACAUAUGUUCAAUUAAAAAAAGAGCUGCAAUGAAAUACAGUUUAUUAAUUCAGCAGAUUUCAGCAGGAGGAAGCAUCCACAUCCCACAGUAUACAAAAAAGAAACACUGGAACAGUUUUCAAUGCUUUUUACACAACGA